GGCGAAACCUUGUUCCCCCUUAAUCAACAGAAACAAGGAAAUAAAACUGAGGAGUUAUCCGACCAGGUUGACAAUUUCUCACGCAGUACCCUCGACCAGUCCAUUGAGUCUUAAUUAUCAUCAUGAACCGGUACCUGUCUAUCCCCCUGUGCUUGGCGAGCGCUGUUCCUGCGCUAGCGGGUCUGGCGGCCCGCGACCCCAUCGGUACCAUCUGCACCAAGAACAACAUCAUCACCACCGACGACUUCAUCCUCUACAAUAAUCUCUGGGGCGAGGACUAUGCCACUUCCGGCUCCGAGUGUACCUACCUCGACUAUGACAGCGGCAACUCCAUCUCAUGGCAGACGUCGUGGACCUGGGCUGGCGGCGACGACUAUGUCAAGAGCUAUCCCAAUGCCGUCCUGAACGUCGGUGCCAAGCAGCUGAGCACGAUCACCAGUAUUCCCUCGACCUGGAAAUGGAGCUACACGGGCAACGACCUCGUCGCCGACGUCUCCUACGAUGCCUUCCUCUCCACCACUGACUCCACAACCGCCACUCACGAAUACGAAAUCAUGAUCUGGCUGGCCGCCUACGGUGGCAUUGAGCCCAUCGGCAACUCGGGAGAAGUCGCGUAGUGAUAUGUCGGGUUUCUCGUCAUUUACGUUAAUAACUUUUACACCCAGCGCAAUUGGGUGUCCAAGCAAAACAAACGGACCAUUCACCAGUUCGACUUCGAUCUCGUAAGUUAGUGGAGGACGUAAUAGCUCCGCUGCCUUCGUACUGCAAGUCACAAUUUUCCGGACUGAUACACUCUGUAAUGGCUUAGGGAUGGCAGACACCGGAUGAAAGGAUAUGGUGCGGGUCUGUUUGAUACUGUUAGCACAGGCCAUAGCUACCCGAGAAGGGAGACUCAACGGAUUCGUGACUUCUGUAUAGGAGCCCAUUCCAUGUGAUGGUAGCAUCCAGAGAAUAUCUGAUCUCCUCGGGAGUGUAUAAAUUCCCACUGGACGGUGGAAGCUUUCGUAAGAGAUGGUGUGGCUGACGGAUUGCCGACCGCUUGCGAGCGGCAUCUCUAGUGCUAUCCUUGUAGCAUUCUGAGACCUGAGGAAACUACAAAAUAUUAGAUGCCGUUUUCAUUAAGACCGUGCGCAGGUGCAAACACGAACCAUGAUACAAAAUGGAAACGAGUGUUCUCCCGGGGGAAUUGUAACGGACGCCGAUGUCAACCAUCCGGCGCAGUUGCUGGGCGGGAAUAUUUGCUCAUUUCGUUGGAAAAGCUUUUUUUUUUUUUCGGUAAAGUUAGCUUAUUUGAGCCCAGUGCUGUAAUAGCAGCACAUACCUUGUGUGAUUCAGUCAAUUUUCCCGAGUCUAGC